AUGUCAGAAGACGUUUAUGGAGCCUCUAGAGGCUUUACAGUCACUCAUCAACGAAAUGUACUCGAUAUAGACUUCUCAGGAAUCAUUACAGCUUCAGCAUUCUUAACAAUCCAACCCACAAAUCCGGCUUUACGAUCUAUAUAUCUACAUUCAUCACCUUUACUUGAAAUCAAUAAUGUAACAUUAUCUUCACCUACACCUGUAGAGCCUUUCUUACCUACUCCAGCAAGUUUCACACUGUCAAAUCCGUUUCAACCUUUACCGAUCAGGGAACCACCUAUAGAUAUUAGAUCUCACCCUGAGAUCAAAAGGAAGAUAUGGUCAGCAAUGGGCGAAAGAGAUGAAGGAGAAUUGGCGAUUUCAGUUUCUGGUGGUUGGGUCAGAUUAAUUCACACUCCCAUACCGGGAACGGAAGAUCAAACUCAAGUGUCUUUUGCUCCUAUACAGGUGCAGAUUGAUUAUCAGCUGGUACUAGGAGGUGACGUAGUUGAAGGGAUUGUCUUCAGAAGACCUGGUGAUGGUGGUGACGAAUAUCAAAUUCCUCAUAUGUUCCUCUCUCCAACCACAUAUGACGCUGCGAGAAUAUGGACUCCUUGUGUGGACAAUCUAUGGGAAAGAUGUACAUGGGAACUAGAGUUCAUCGUUCCUCGGUAUCUAGAAGGUGGAGAACCAGUUCCAGGAGAGGAUGCUUGUCCUGUUAUGGUCGUCAGUAGUGGUGAAUUGAUGGAACAAGUAACGCAUCCGCACGACCCAAAUAAAGUGAUAUUCUAUUAUCUUCAAACUAAUCCCACUUCCGUCCAGCACAUUUCGUUUGCCGCUGGACCGUUUGAGAUGCUUUGUGUAUCAGCGGACGAAUCGCAUAAGCCCAUACUAGCAUUCUGUCUCCCUGGAGAACUCGAUAUGCUGAAGAACUCGACAUCGUGGUUACCAAGAGCAAUGGCUUUUUACGCUGAAAUGGGUUCUUACCCCUUCACCGAUUUCAAGACUGUGUUCGUCAAUAAUCCGAGGACGGAAUGCUCCACUUCUGCGACUCUCGCUAUCCUCUCUUCUGAUCUCUUGCAUCCUCCCGAAGUGAUAGAACAAGCUGUGGAGAUAAGACAAGUUUUAUCACUAGCUCUGAUACAGCAAUGGGUUGGAAUCAACAUCAUCCAACGAACCUUAGCAGAUACUUGGUUAAUCAAUGGACUGGCACUUUACAUUCAAGCUCAAUUCAUCAGAAACCUCUUGGGAAAUAACGAAUACCGAUUUAGGUUAAAGAAGGAUAUCGACCGUUGCGUCAUACAAGAUCAAGGAUCACAAUGGCCUUUGUGCGUUCCCGGAAUAAUCGAUCCACCCGAUGCUAACACUACAGCAUUCAUCAACCUUAAAGCACCACUUGUCCUUCAUAUAUUAGAUAGGUAUAUUGCGAAAACAGGAACUUCUCUCGGUCUAUCACAGGUGAUCCCUAGGAUAUUCGUAGCUUCUCUAUCAGAUGAACUACAGGGAAACUCACUUUCAACUCAAUAUUUCUUUAGACAAUGUAGAAAGGUUUCUGGACUGGAUCUUCAAACUUUCCAAGAUCAAUGGAUUUUCGGUAGUGGUUGUCCGAGAUUAGCGAUCAGAACGAACUUCAUCAAGAAAAAGCUUCUUGUUGAGUUUACAGUAUCUCAAAGUCAACCUGCGAAUGACUUUAUACAGGGAUUGAGUGAUAAGUUGAAAAAGACCGCUGUUUGGAAAAGACCUACUCAUUUCUUUGAGGGGAGCUUGACUGUCCGUAUUCAUGAAGCGGAUGGAGCUCCAUUUGAACAUUUGGUAGAUAUCAAGACGCCCACUAAAACGUUUCCUCUACCUUUCAACACCAAGUAUAAACGUACUCGUCGUUCUGGACACAUAGCAGCAAGGUUCAAUAAAAUGCAAGAUGCGUUAGCAGCGGGAGAUACCAAUGAUGAAGAGGAUGAAGCGAGAUUACAAGCCGCUGAUAGAGCAGGAGUAUUUGCUUAUACACCUUGGGAAGAUGAAGAGGAACGCAAGAGAUGGAGAGUAGCCGAAUGGGGUGAAGGCGAAGCAGAUCAAAUGUUAGGUGAAGGAGGAGGAUACGAAUGGAUAAGAAUCGAUCCAGAAUGCGAAUGGUUAGCAAUCAUUGAAUACAACGAAAAACCUUGGUGUUGGAUCAGUCAACUUCAAGGUGAUAGAGAUGUCAUUGCUCAACUUGAGGCUAUCAAUCGUAUGAGAGCUUUCCCAUCACCUGUGAUAGCAAGUGAAUUAGCGAGGACCGUAUUAGUGAAGAAUUACUAUUAUAGAGUAAGGAUGGAAGCUGCCAGAGCUCUAGCCCAAUAUAACGUAUCGGAAUGUGAUUAUAUUGGCUACUUUUUAGUACUGAAGCUGUUUCAGACCUUAUUCUGUCUUUCACCGUCUAACCCAGAUGCGGAAGCUCCUGAAAUGGAAUGUAGACCGUUGCCAAAUGACUUUUCAAGUUUCUCAGAUUACUUCGUGAAGAAGAGUUUGAUCGCUGCCAUGCCAGAUUUGCGAGAUAUGGCGACAAGGACAGUCUGGAAAAACGUCCGACAAAUUUUGCUUGAUCUACUCAGGUCGAACGACAACACAGGCAAUGAGUUUUCUGAUUCACAUUAUUUAGCUUCAGUGGUCACUGCCAUCGGUAAUGCCUUUACAUACGGAUCUGGAAAUCAAUCGCUGAAUGAAACCGAACGAGAAUCAGAAAUGGCUUUACUGAAGGAAUCAAUGGAUGCUCUGGAUAGAGCGAUGACUAUGGAUAGACUAGUUCCCAGUUAUCACAAUUUAGUCACUAAAGCUGGAUUACAGACAUACAUCAAAUCCAUACUAGCUGGACAACGGACGAACGACGCUAGAUUGUUACUGAGCUAUACCAGGGAAGGGAAUUUCGAGCCUAUCCGAAUGGUAGCUUUUGACGGUCUGCUGUUGUGCAAACCUCCCGGUCGAUCGGUAGCUCUCGACAAAUAUCUCAUGGAGGUCGUUCGAUCUGAUCACUCGCUCACCAUCCGACGGCACGUAGCCAGAGGACUUUCCGAAUCCAUCUUGAUGACUUUAGCUUUAGGAGAGAUCACGGUUCCUCAACCUGGAGUCGUGGAAGAUGAGAACAACGAAGCUAGGGAAAAGCGGUAUGAAGCUCAAAAUACCGCUAUCGUUAGAGCUAUCAGAAAGGAUUUCAACAAGAAAAUGGAUGUCAAGCAGUUCAUCCAGGAUUCAUUGAUGGAGAGCUUCAUCUCACCUGAUCACGAAGUCAGAUUCGCAAUGCUGAAAGCAGCGGAAAUUGUGUCCGGAAGUAUAUCUGAACCACUGCCUGGAAAUAUCAUUACUCUGCAAACCCCUACUCUAGAGAAUGCUCCAGCGUUACCUACGCCCAAGAUCAGGAUCAGCAUGGGAAGUGCUGAGAUCAGGUCUGACGCUCAAGGCUAUGGUUUCCCUGUCAUCGAUGCUCCUGUGAUGCCUGGCGGUACAGCUGCGCCGUUGAAGAUCACUCUCAACCCUAAUAUGAACAUGAUACAACCUACGCAAAAGAAGAAAGAACGAGUCAUCCAACAGCAGAAGAGGGGAUUGAGUGAAAAUGAUUUCAAGGCAAUAACGAUCGCCUUACAGAAAUUGAAUGCGCAAAAAACGAGUUUCUGGUUCAGACAGCCCGUGGAUCCUGUGAGAGAUGCGGCACCAGAUUAUGCGGCUAUCAUAAAAAAUCCUAUGGAUCUGAAAACCAUUUCCGCUAAAUUAGAUGCUGGAAUGUAUGCCAAUCGACAAGAAUUCGUUGCCGAUGUCAAACUGAUAAUCGCGAAUUGCUAUACAUACAAUGUCACUCCUUCGAGUCCCGUCAGAAAGGCUGGAGAAGCAUUUGAAAAGUUCUUCACUGUUUUGUGGUCUAAGACUGAGCAUACUCUCAGUUCCAGCGCGGCUGCUGCUCAACAAGCUGCUAUGGCAUCGCAACAACCGGUCAUACCUCCGGCACCUAUACUUGUUCCAUCUAUUGCUGAAGCUACCUUACCAGCUCCGAAGAAUAAUUCGGUAAAGUUCAAGGUGAAACCCCCCAAGAGUGUUACUAUCGACACAUCAGUCACGGAACACGUCCCACCAAUGGCUCCACCGCCUAUUCCGACGUCAAAGAAGUCUGCUUUGGCUGCUGUCAUCGCUAGUUCAGGUACUGGAGGCACCAAAAGUCCUGAUAAACCACCUGUCCCUGCGUUCCCUACGAGUGAGAAACCUUCCAAGAAGAGGAAAGAACCUUCAAAAUCAAGGAAUGACCUAGACGACAUCUUAGGUGCUGAAGUAGAUGCGAUCGAACAACGUCGACCUUCAAGUAAAGAGGAUGAUUUCGAUGAUCUAUUAGAGAUCAAACCGCCAACGAAGAAAAUCAAGAUUCCAUUACCUGCACCAUCACCAGUACCGACCUCAACCGUAAAAUCGACACCUACACCGUUACCCAUAACAAUGCCUAAAAGUGUUUCUGUAUCUGUACCGCGAAACCGAACUAAAUCACCUGAAAAACCGACUGGCCUGAAAAUCAAAUCAUCCACACCGACUAUACCUCCAGCUACGGUAGACACUAAACCGAAUAUCAAGAAAAUCAAGACCAAACCCUUGCCCAUGCCCAUGCCCACCGAAGGGAAGAAAUCUUCCUCAGUCGAAAGGACGGCUUCACCUGCUAUUCCACCGCCACCAAUCCCAGCACCAGCAUUACCGACUGCCAAAGCUCCAGUGGGGGAUGCUAUAGGAUACCAACCCACAACGAGGAUACCACCAGCAGACUUACCUCCUACCGUACAAAACACAGCUUCCAUGAAGAAUAAACGAGGGAAGAACUUGAUCGCGUUAUUGAUCAAAGAGCCUGCUGCUAUCAUUUUCCUGAGGCCGGUCGAUCCAAUAAUGGAUGGCUGUCCAACUUAUCUAGACGAAAUUAAAAACCCCAUGGAUUUCAGUACUAUAAACAAGAAAAUUGAUAAUAGGAAAUAUAAAACGUUGGGACAAUUCGCUAGAGAUGUAGAAUUGGUAUUUGCAAAUUGUCGUCAAUUCAAUCCACCAGGAGAGAUCACACAAUGUGCAGAUUCGGUCGAAUCGGUUUAUUGGCGUGAAUGGCCAAAAGUGGCUUCUUCAAAGAUGACUCCUGAUGAAAAGAAAGCAAUCGGUUUGUUGAUAAUCCAGGCUUUGAAGAACCCAUUGAGUGAAUGGUUUAGAUAUCCAGUCGAUCCUGUAGCUCUAGGUAUCCCUCAAUACUUCCAGAUUAUCCCACCCGAAGACGCCCGUGAUUUGACUUUGAUCAAGAACAAAUUCGAUAAAGGUCAAUACAGAGAAGCUAAACACAUUGAUGAAGACGUAGAAUUGAUGUUGGAAAACGCAAGAGUGUUCAAUGGCGAUGGUCCAGUUGUCGAUGCCGCUAAUGGUUUGGGUAGAUGGUGGACUUCACAAAGAGCUAAAAUGGAUUAA